AUGCGGAUCGGACAGGUUCUUCAAAACCGCUAUCAGGUAGUGGCAAAGCUGGGCUACGGCACAGGUUCUACUGUAUGGUUGUCUAGAGAUCUGAUAAAUCGAAAGUAUUGGGUGCUCAAGGUUCACAUAAACACUAUUCAACGUUACCAGGAACUAAAUGUUUAUCGCUACCUCUCUGGCCUCAUCGUGGAUCAUCCUGGCCGUGAAUACGUGCGGCAAUUUCAUGAUUCGUUCAAGUUGAAAGGCCCUCAUGGUGAGCAUGACGUUUUUGUCAUGACGCCCCUAGGCAUGAGCCUGAGGACUCUGCAGGAGUUGCAAAAAGAUCAUGUCUUCCAACAGAGUCUCGCCACAACAGCUCUUAGCCAAGUGCUGCUGGGGUUGAACUACCUCCAUGAAGCAGACGUGAUUCAUACUGACCUCCAUUUGGACAACUUACUUGUUGCUAUUACGGACGACGGCAUUUUAUCCACAGUGGAAGAGAAUGAGAUACAAAAACCUUCAGCACGAAAGGUGGUAGAUGAUACUAUCAUUUACGUGUCUCAAUACAUGCUGGGGGGUGCUGGUCCGCUCACAAUCUGUGAUUUGGGGCAGGCACGCAUUGGCAAAGUGCAGCGCGGGAAUGCCAUGCCAAUGGUUUAUCGGGCACCUGAAGUUAUUCUCGGUAUGACAUGGGGGAAUGCCGUGGAUGUCUGGAGCACGGGAGUCCUGGCCUGGGAUCUUCUUGAGAAGGAAAGCCUCUUCCGUGUGUACGACCGUGACUCCCAGGAGCAAAACGAUGCCCACCACGCUGCAACAUUGACGGCCCUUCUUGGCCCGCCCCCGCCUGAAUUUCUGAAGAGGUCAGAGAAGACAGCUAAA